UGCUCAGGCUGUGGUGAAUGAGAUUGAAGAAGAGUUCUUGUUUUGUAUCUCAGUUUCUCUCUUUUUUGACAAAUUGAAUUUAAACAAAUUAGAAAAUAGUACGGAUAUCUCAUAUUCUGCUGGAGAGACAGCGUUUGGACAUUUGCAUGAUAAUAUUGUAUCGGAGAUUUGGUUGAGAGGUAUUGGGUUGUUUGUAAAUAUUUAUUUAAUUAAUUUCUGAGGAGAGGAGGACUGCUGCUGCUCAAGUGAGUAGAGAGGAGAGGAAUUGGAGAGUGGAGGCCAGUCACACUGCCCGAAGGUGAGGUCACACUGCCCGAAGGUGAGGUCACACUGCCCGAAGGUGAGGUCACACUGCCCGAAGCGGCUCUUUAAUGCUUCAGUUGGAUGGUAUUCAACCUGGAGACGGCGUGAAGGCUGAACGUUUCCUUGGAGCCACUGAAAGACUGACUGGAUCAAUGAUGGAAUUACAAUCAUUACAGGAGGCUCUCAAAGUGGAAAUACAAGUCCAUCAGAAACUGGUUGCCCAGAUGAAACAAGAUCCACAGAAUGCUGAUCUAAAGAAGCAGCUUCAUGAUCUGCAGGCCAAGAUCACAGCGCUCAGCGAGAAGCAGAAGAGGGUAGUGGAGCAGCUGAGGAAGGAGCUGCUGUUGAAGCAGGAGCCGGAGGUCCUCCAGGCCCCCUGCUCUCACAUCCUGCCCACCCUGCCCACCAGCCUGCCCUCCCCUGUGCUGCAGCAGACUCUGACUGUGACACCGGUCCUCACCACUAAGCCUCUACCUCUGCUGCUGAAAGCUGCUGCAUCGCCCCCUGCCUCCCUCCCAUCCCAGCGCCCCACCAUCGCCAUGGUCACCGCCAUCAGCAACAACAGCAAGCCGGCUGGCACCACAGACUUCCAGAACUCUCCGGUCAACCUUCAGGUGUCCAGCAGGCUGAGUGGUCAGGGUCCUGAGCCAGUCAGGCUGACAUCCAAGAACACGGUGAUGGUUCAGACCACCACCACCACCACCUUCUCUACCCAGCCUAUCAAAGUUCCCCAGUUUGUCCCUCCUCCUAGACUGACGCCUCGACCCACCUAUCAACCACAGGUCCGCCCGAAACCUGCCGCCCCCAACAACGUCCCCAUCGCCCCUGCCCCGCCCCCCCCCAUGAUGGCAGCCCCCCAGCUGCUGCAACGGCCGCUGAUGCUGGCCCCCUCGCUGGCCCCCUCGCUGGCCCCCUCGUUGGCCCCCUCCGCUGGUCCGGUGCACCAGGUCCGCAUCGUCAACGGCCAGCCCUGCGCCGCUGCCACCGCCCACACUCAGCCGGCAGCGCCCGUGGCGGGCAUCGUCAUCGCUACACCGGCCUCCUCCGCCCGCCUGGCCACGCCCACCCACACGUUGCAGGUCAGCGGCUUGCCCUCAGACCACAAGGUCCGGACCACGACUGUUAAGACUCAGCUGGGCCCAGAACAGAGGCUGCAGGUCAGCCCCACCUCUGCCACCCCCCCUCUCUCUUCUGCGGCCAGGCCACGCAGAGAAGACAGCCUGCAGAAAAUAGCCUUCAUGGUGUCCCUGGGACUUGUCACUCAUGACCACCUCGAAGAGAUCCAGAGCAGGAGACAAGAGCGCAAGAGGAGAACCACAGCCAACCCCGUUUACAGCGGAGCAGUGUUUGAGCCUGAGAGGAAGAAGAGUGCAGUGACCUACCUGAACACUCCUCUCCACCAGGGGACCAGGAAGAGAGGUCGCCCUCCUAAACACAGCAGUGUUCCUGAGCUGGCUGUCCAGCCCCCAGCCUCUCCCUCCAUCCGCCACGCUGCUGAGCGGCCAGACGCAGCCCUCCCCCUCCCUGUCCACCCUCACCCUCUCCCCCUCCCCAGCCCCUGCUCUGGGGACGGAGACAUCCAUGAGGACUACUGCACUGUCUGCAGACGCAGCGGCCAGUUACUCAUGUGUGACACGUGUUCGCGUGUCUUUCACCUGGACUGCCUGGACCCACCACUGAAAACCAUUCCUAAAGGCAUGUGGAUCUGUCCCAAAUGUCAAGACCAGAUCCUGAAGAAAGAAGAAGCUAUCCCCUGGCCGGGAACGCUGGCUAUCGUCCAUUCCUACAUCGCUUACAAAGAAGCUAAGGAGGAGGAGAAGCAGAAGCUGCUGAAGUGGAGUGCAGAGCUGAAGCUGGAGAGAGAGCAGCUGGAACUGAGAGUCAAGACACUCAGCAGCUCCAUCACGAAAUGCAUGGAGACCAAAAACACCAUCCUGGCUCGGCAGAAAGACAUGCACGGCUCGCUGGAGAAAGUCCGACACCUGCUCCGACUCAUCCAGGCCUUCAGCUUCUCUCAAACCCUGGAGGAAGAAAGCAUCCAUGUCAGCACAGAAGGCCUGGCCAGGGCAAAACUGCUGCCCUCCCAACAAACUUCAGAAGGGCUCCCCUCUGGGGCUCUGGUGGAGGCCACAAGCCGGUCUGUGGACGAGCCCAAGGAUGAGAUGGCAGAGGCAUCCCCACAGAACGGCUGUGAGGAUGAAGCAACAGUGAGGGAGCAUACAGAACCAGGGGAGGCAGAACCAGAGCAGGCAGAACCAGGGGAGGCAGAACCAGAGCAGGCAGAAUCAGGGGUGGCAGAACCAGAGCAGGCAGAACCAAAGGAGAUAGAACCAGAGCAGGCAGAAUCAGGGGUGGCAGAACCAGAGCAGGCAGAACCAAAGGAGAUAGAACCAGAGCAGGCAGAAUCAGGGGUGGCAGAACCAGAGCAGGCAGAACCAGGAAAGAUGGAACCAGAGCAGGCAGAACCAGGGGUGGCAGAACCAGAGCAAGCAGAACCAGGAAAGAUGGAACCAGAGCAGGCAGAACCAGGGGUGGCAGAACCAGAGCAGGCAGAACCAGAGCAGGCAAAACCAAAGCAGGCAGAACCAGGGGUGGCAGAACCAGGGGAGGUGAAACCAGGGGAGACAGAGACUGUAGCCGCAGCAGGUAGCACCCAGGCUGCUGUUCACACCAGUGCCCAGCAAGGGGCACCCCCAGCAGGGGGCAGCGUUCCAGCAGACUCUGCAGCAGCAGCAGCCAGAUGUGGUGUUGAGCCAGAUGCAUGGGUCGCCACCACAGAGGAGGUCCUGGAGGCCCCGUCUGAUGCUCCGGGCCUGGUCAGUCUCCAGGACCCCUCCCUGGCCACCACCAACGGCCACGCCAGCACCACCCCUGACCUGGCCAGCACCACCCCUCACCUGGCCAGCACCACCCCUGACCUGGCCAGCACCACCCCUCACCUGGCCAGCACCACCCCUGACCUGGCCAGCACCACCCCUCACCUGGCCAGCACCACCCCUCACCUGGCCAGCACCACCCCUGACCUGGCCAGCACCACCCCUCACCUGGCCAGCACCACCCCUCACCUGGCCAGCACCACCCCUGACCUGGCCAACACCACCCCUCACCUGGCCAGCAGCACCCCUGACCUGGCCAGCACCACCCCUGACCUGGCCAGCACCACCCCUCACCUGGCCAGCACCACCCCUGACCUGGCCAGCACCACCCCUGACCUGGCCAGCACCACCCCUCACCUGGCCAGCACCACCCCUCACCUGGCCAGCACCACCCCUCACCUGGCCAGCAGCACCCCUGACCUGGCCAGCACCACCCCUCACCUGGCCAGCACCACCCCUCACCUGGCCAGCACCACCCCUCACCUGGCCAGCAGCACCCCUGACCUGGCCAGCAGCACCCCUCACCUGGCCAGCACCACCCCUCACCUGGCCAGCACCACCCCUCACCUGGCCAGCAGCACCCCUGACCUGGCCAGCACCCACAGCAGCAACAGGGACCACGGCCUGAACACCACCAACACCACCUCAGAGAACAACAGUCCCAACAGCUCAGAGCAGGGUGCUGCAGAGGACAGCAUAGAGCAGGGUGCUGCAGAGGACAGCAUAGAGCAGGUUGCUGCAGAGGACAGCUCAGAGCAGAACACUAACCACAGCCUCAGCAACAACACCAACAAACCCUCAGAACCAUCCCAGCGUUCGUUGCCAGCGAUUUUCAACAGUUUGGACCAUAAAGAGUGAUGCUCAGAGUCUCCUGAACUGAGGACAGCCCCUCACCCAGAACAUGACUCUGUUUGCACCGUGAACAGGUGCUGCUCAAGUUGCCAACAUAUAUAAAUGUUAAUUGUUUGCGAUGUAUCGUCAGACUCUGUUAACGGUGGAUGGCCAGCCCUGUCGGAUGUGUCUGGAUGUUGUGAUGUUUCUCCGUCACCGUGGUGAUGGUAUGGCGUGUGUACCGGUGUCAUGCCACUUUAGAAAAGUUUAGUUUUAAAAGGGAGAUUUGAAAUCUAUAACAACACACCAGUGUGUGCCUGCAUCAGUUCCCCUCAACUCUCCAGGGUUACUUGGGUUAUCUCCUGUUCCCGGGGGAGCAGGACAGGGAUUUCCAAAGACCACACGCUCAACCGGUGACGCUUUUUUUCCAGCAUUCCACGAAAAGAAACUGAAACCAAAAGCUUGGCAGAAUUGCAGGAGACAGAUCUAACAGUCGACCUCUAACAGCAUCAGUAUUUGUCCAGUGGGAAACAUCCGAGGUGUUCCGUCUCCGAGCUGGGAAACGAGGGAGCCUUCAAUCCCCUUCCACCUUCCUCCCCCCCGACCAGCUCAUCCAGUAAAUAUGACUGAUAACUAUCGGACCCACUAACACAGCACCUCAGGCAAACAGGGAAAGCAGAGUGGCUGUGUGACGUGUUAGGUUAACCUCUAACAGUGCUGACUGAUGGGGGGGGGGGGGGGGGGG